AUGCUAUGGGAAGCUUUACCUGGGAUGAUUGAUGCCAAGGACUAUGAGACUGCCCUGGAAAAUAUUGCUGUGGCCAUGUCUUUGGGAUGUCUCUAUCCUUGGGUAUCCGUCGACUUGGCCAGAGUUAAAGGAAACAUUUUGUGCACGCUUGGAAAGUUAGAAGAGGCAUGUGAAUGUUUCCUCAGUGUUCUUGCUGUGGACGAGGAUCAGGAGGACUGCAGGUUACGACUGGGACUGUGCUUCUUAUUACUAGGAAGACACACAGAUGCUAUUACUGAGUUUGCAAAAUUAGAAGAGGAUGAAAAGGGAGAAUACUUGGUAUCACUGGCUGAAGACCUGGAGAAAAUGCAACAAUAUGGUUGCCCUUACAAAGUUCUAGGUAUUAAAACAGAUGUUGCUCAGGAUGAAAUAAGGAAUGCAUACAGAAGGAGUGCCCUAAAAUACCACCCUGAUAAAAACGAUGAGGCUGACAAAGACAAAAUGCAUUUGCUCAUGCUUCAAAUCAAUUGUGCAAACGAUUUAUUAAGUAAUAAAAAGGAGAGGAAAAAAUAUGACAACACCAGGCAAGCUGUUGAAGAGUAUGCCGCUGAAGUAUUUAAAAAUCCUAACCUACCAGAAUGGUUAGAUGAUGACGAGGACGAUGAAUCAGAAAGUGAUUGCGACUUUGAAUAUAAUUCUGAUUCUGAUGACGAAUCUGAAUCUGAUUCAGAGGAUGAUUCUGAUGACGAAUCUGAAUCUGAUUCAGAGGAUGAUUCUGAUGAUGAAGCGAAUUUAACAUUAAUGGAAUGUUCCCACAGUGAUCAUCUAGAUAAUGAAUCAAGUGUUGGCCAACUGGAGGAGGAGGAUGACGAUUCAUAUGAAGAAUUGGACGAUGAGGAGGACGAAGAUGAAGAUGAUGCAAGGGAAGAUAUUCCUAACGAGGAAUGGCUUGAAGAAUCAGACGAGGAAGAUGAUGAAUUUGAUGCUGAUGAUGAAGAUGAUGAAGAUGAUGAUGGAUGGGAAGAUAUUCCUAACGAGGGAUGUCUUGAAGAAUCUUCUGAGGAAGGUGAUGAAAUUGACUCUACAUCUGGCGAAGAAUCACAAGAUGAAUGUGAUAGCGAUUCAGUCGAGGAGUCUGAUGAUGACUCUGAUGAUGAAUAA